CGUGUGUAUAGUGCACAGACGGACGGUGCAUAAGGAAGUGUGUGAUGUGAUACUGACUUCGAAAUAACACGAAAAAAACAGUUUCUGAUUUAAAUAUAGAUAUAAACCUAGUGGUAAUAUAAUUUACGUAGUGUUUAUAAUAACGUAAUAAGUGUAAUUUGUGUCCAGGCAUAUGAAUAGUUUAUUACUCAGUCGUGUUUCCACGGCAUUUUGAAAAUACAAUUGUGUUUUUGGAUUUCCUGCCGCUAGUUCUUCGCAUGUAUCUGACCCAUGGCGUCCCUUUCGUUGCCCCGAGUCCUUCAGCUUAAGAAGAACAGUUUGGACGCUGAGCGUGAACACUUUGAGAAGUUUCAGCGCCACAUCCCGCACUUUAACUAAUGCAUGCCGACUGCCGAGCACUAAUAUAGCCAUGGCCAACCCGACUGACAAGCGCUUCCAUCAGCUGACGCUAGCAGUCCAAAAGGCGACCAACUCCGUGGAGACCCCCGUGAAAGAGAAACAUGUGCGCAGCGCCAUCAUCGGCACCUUUCAGGAGCAGAGCGCCAUCACCUAUUGGAUGGUGGCGAUCCGUCUCCCGCUCCAAGACAACAGGAUCGUGGCAUGGAAGUUCUGUCACGUGACACACAAACUGCUCAGGGAGGGGCAUCCGGCAUGCCUUGACGACUCGCAGAGGCACAUCGGCAUGAUACAGAACCUGGGGAAACUAUGGGUCCACUUACGCGAAGGCUACGGCCGCCUCGUGCACCUUUACUGCUCGCUGCUGGUCUGCAAGCUGAAGUUCCACGCGCGCAACCCUCGGUUCCCCGGCAACAUGCAGCUCACGGCCGACGAGCUGGACGCCAUCGCAGAGAACGACGUCAACAACUACUUCCAGUUAUGUGUCGAGUUGUUCGACUAUAUGGACGAUAUUUUGAAUCUACAAGCAGCAGUAUUCGACAGUCUCGGCAACGCUCGUGCGAACUCCAUGACGGCGAGCGGGCAGUGCCGGCUGGCCGCGCUCAUCCCGUGCGCCCAGGACUCCUCGCAGAUCUACGACUGCAACGUGCGCCUGCUGUUCCGGCUGCAUGCGUCGCUGCCGGCCGACACACUGGCCGGACACCGGGAGAGAUUCCGGCAGCAGUUCAAAAAGCUGAGCUCAUUCUACAAGCACGCGAGCAGCCUGCAGUAUUACCGCAAUCUGCUGACGCUACCCUUGCUGCCUUCUAACCCACCUAAUUUCCUUAUUCAGAGCGAUUUCGGAACGUACGUGACACCGGUGGUCUCAAUUCCGGAGCCGCCUCCUGACGAAGUGGACGCCGUGGGCUCGCUUAUCGACACCUCCGACACCUUCAGUUUGGCUACGACUCCGGACAAUAGUGAUGUGAUCGACACCCGGACCACUCCCUCACCGCAGCCCGACCCUGUGGUGGAGAGAGACAGGCUGAUCGAUCAUCUACAGAACGAGCUUAAGAGGAUGCGAUUAGAGGUUUCACAAAUGGUCCAAGACCGGAAUACAAUGAUGGCAUCCAUGCGUGAGCACUGUUCGAAACUAGAGUCGCAAAUACACACUACAAAGACUGAAUUGGAAGAAGAAAGGCAAAGGGCUGAAGUUUUAGCAGCAGAAACCCCAGAAAUCAAACAAAAACUAACACAGACUGAAGAGAAAGCGAAAAUACAAGACGAGAAAUUCCAGAAGUUAAAAGGAGCGUACACACAGCUACGAGAAGAACAUAUCACACUUAUCAGACAGAAAGCAGAAGUAGACAAGACAGCGGCCAGCUUAAGGGCAGCAGCGGCGCAGCACGAGAGCGCCAAGACCGCCUUGCAGCAGCAACUCAACGACAGAAUGAAAGAUGUAGAAUUACUACAACAAAGUGCAUCAUCGAGUGAGGAAAUCGAAGCUUACAAAUCGCAAAUAGCUAACCUCCGAACCGAACUAGAGCAGGCCAGAGAAAAGGAAGCAGAACUAGAAACCCUUAAAGCCUCCAUGGAAGCAUUAGACAUAGAGCAUAAAACGACAACCACAGUUCAGCAGGAAAAAUUAACAGCGCUAGAACACGAAUUAAAAGAAGUCAUGGAAAAUUUAGAAAAUGUAAAAAAAGAAAGUGAAGAGAAAGAGAUAGCGUUAGCAAAAGUAAAGGAAGAGUUGGUAGGGCUUAGGGAGAAGAGUGGGGAUGAGUAUAAAAAAGUGGUGGAAGAACGAGAAGCUGCGUUGAAGCAGGUUGCGGAGCUGACUCAGCAGCAUCAACAGGAGAAACAGGAGCAGGACGAUUUAGUUAGCAAUUUGAAAACAGACCUGGAACACGCCCAGCAAAAAAUACUAGAUACAGAAUCAAAUUAUAAAAGUUACAUCCUAAAGUUAAAUGAUGAAUUAGAUGCGAACAAUAAGGAACAUGAAAAUGUUAUUAAAAAACGUGAUGAAGAAUUAAGAGAAACGCUCGAGAAAUUAGUCAAACUAGAUCAAGAUAAAACCGACGCUGUGGAAGAACUGAAACAACAACUUGAAAGCGUAAUUACGGAGAAAGAUUCGAAAAUAAAUGAGAUACAGAAAGAGCUUGAGGAAAAACAAAGUAGCAUAGGAGAACAAAAUAGUGAAUGCAAUGCAAUGAAAGAUACUAUUUCUGAGCUGGGAACUAAGAUAGAGCACACAACUAAGGAGCUAGAAGAAGUACAAUCAAAAUUAGAUAAUGUUAUUUUAGACUUAGAAAAUGAAAGAACAGAAUAUGAAUCCAAAUUGAAAGAAAAACAAACACAGAUAGAGACAUUGAAUGAUGAAUACAAACAACUAGUACAGAGCACGGAAGAAAUUAUAACAGGUUUAAAAUCUCAGAUAGCCGAAAAAGAUAAACAAGUAAUAUUACUUGACAUUGAAGUGAAUAAUCUUAAAGAUAACGUUUCCAAGCUUGAAGAAGAAUUAAAUGAGACCCAAGCUGAAUUAGAGAUUGGUAAAAAUGAGUUACUACAUAUAAGAGAGGAACAUGACGCUUUUGUAGAACGGAACGAAAGUAACUUAACUUUAAAGAAUGAGGAGUUGAGGAGUCUUCACGAUGAAAUUAACAAACUUAAGAAAGAAUAUGAAAAAUUAACGACAGAAAAACAAAAACAAAGAGAUAAUUUCGAGUUAGAGAAACAGGAAUUCCUAAAUAAAAACGAAGAAUUAGAUCAGAAGCACUCUAAACUACGUAAUGAAUACGGAACGAUGCAAAACGAAAAGGAUGCAAUAAUUGGUAAGCUUAAUGAUGAAAUAGUCAAUCUGAAACUGCAAUGUAGCCACAUACAAGACAGUAAGGAUGGCGAAUUAAAAUGUUUACACGAAAAACUUCAAGAACACGAAACUGAUUUCGCAUCACAGAUUUCUGAGAAAGAUAACACAAUUCUAGAAGCGAACAGAAACGUUGAAGAAUUGAAGGCUCAGUUAGAGGAAUUGCAGACGCUUAGAGCAAAAGAGAACGAAGAUGCGGAUCUUUUGUUGUCUGAGAAAGAAGGCAAUGCUAAGUUGCUGGAAGUGAGGCUCGGCCACACGGAGCGGGAGAGACUGAGCGCGGAGUGUGAGUUGCAGGAUCUGCUGCAACACAACACGGUGUUGGAGGCUGAUCUGACCGCGGCGAGGAUACGGCUGCAGGAGGCGCAGGCGGAGAUUGAGAAACAACGGUUAAAGCUAGUGACGACAGCAAGCGCCGCGGCGUUGGAGGUUACCAGUGGAGCGCUCGAACGAGUGACUGCACAGGAUUCCAAUCGCGCCGCCGCUGUACUCGCCGCUGAGGCUCUGAAGGAACUGGCCAGCACCACAGAGAUCAAAGGUCACGAGGAAACUCUGGCGCGCUCGGCUAUCUUCGCUGCGCAUAAUGCAGCGCAGCUUUCAGCAUACGUAACAGAAGUGUCCAAUCUCUCUACCGACAUAGAGCUUACAGACAAACUAAACACCGAAUGCCGCCUAAUGCUAUCAGCGACGGCGGACUGCCUCACGCAUCUCUCCCGCGGCGAGUUGGAAGCGCCGUACGGUGAUGCACGUAGCCGCAUCAGCACUGUCGCCGCUGCUGCCGCCGCCGCCGACCGUACUAAUACUGGAGCUCGUAGCGUAGACGAUGAGCUGGCCGACAUGGACAAGGCCAUCGAACUGGCUGCGGGACAGAUCGAGGAGAUGUUAGCGGCUAGUCGCGCCGGCGACUCGGGCGUCAAGCUCGAAGUGAACGGCAAAAUCCUCGACGCGUGCACAACGCUCAUGGCCGCCGUCAAAGCUCUAGUCCAGGACGCCAGGAAACUGCAGGCCGAGCUCGGAGACCCUGGGACCAGGCUGAAGAUGUACCGGCGUAAUCCUCAGUGGUCAGAGGGGCUCAUAUCGGCCGCUAAGGCGGUUGUGUUCGCUGCUAAACUGUUGGUAACGUCAGCGGACGAGGCGGUGAACGCCUCGGGUCGCGUAGAAGGCGUAUCCGCGGCGGCGCACGAGGUGGCGGCCAGCACGGCGCAGCUCGUGGCGGCGUCGCGCGCGCGCGCCGCGCCGGGCUCGUCUGCGCUACAACGCCUCACGCAGGCCUCCCGGGCCGUGGCGGCCGCCACCGGGGCGGUGGUCGCGGCGGCGAGGGACACGUCUAGGAGACUCAACGAUCAAGAGGCCCUUGACACGUCAGCGUUAACGCUCACCGCAACGCGGAUCCUCGAGAUGGAGAGCAAAGUCCGCUCGCUGGAGCUGGAAAGCGCUCUAGAGGCAGAGCGGGCGAAGCUGUCCGCGCUCCGUACGAGGCACUACCAGCUCGCGCAGAUGCAGGAGAACGGCGGUAUUACAAAUGGAAAAGAGUGAAGAACAUUACGACGAAAUGCAACCCUCCGCCACCAUCGACGUAUUGCACGCAUUUACCAAUGACAACGUAUUUUUCAGUAUUUUCACUGCACUGUCGUCUAUUUAAUCGUUGCAUUUUUCUUCAAAGGCAUUUUAUUUUUGCUAUACAACGAAGCUUUUUCGUAUAUUUGUGAGUUUUGUGACAGAUGAGAGAAUCAUGUCUUCCCUGAGGAGGCUCAAUAGUUACUAUGAAAUAUCAUAUGAAUUGUGCUCUAGCCAGGUACAGUCAUAAACAUCAUAACUUCUUAAGGCCCAUCAGUGAGUGUAACCCUUUUGCUGCCAGGCUACCACUUUUUUUAUCAUCUUUUAUAUACAGACAUUGGUAUUAAAACGACUACGCUCAUUCCCUGAAUAAGUGAAUAUACUUUAUUAAAGUAUUAAAUGAACUAAAUAAAAAAUAAAUUUAUUUCAUAAUUAAAAUAACACAUAAACUAAAUUGUUUUGGAUAUGGAAGUUUUAACGCAUUUAUUGGCUAAGUAUGUGUACAACUGUAGCGCCCGCCUGGUGGAUGUUAGCGACAGUAAUUGAAAAAUAUCACAUUUUUGCCAUGGUGUGAUCUGUCGGUUGUUUUUCUUUUGUGUUUGCACCACACAUUCCGCAGUUGUACAAACAGGGACUCUCCUAACUGUACAUCGGUGGACCUUAUUACAAAAGGCAUAAGGUCCACCGAUGUACAGUUAACAGUGUGGACGAUGUACAUAGCCAAUAUUGCAAUUAUGAGCCUUAAAGGUCUUAUUAUUAAAAUGUCAAUUUAUUUACACGCAUUAGAGAUAACUAAAUUUAAUCAGUGUAUUGGUGAGGCUAGUGUAAAAUUUAGCUGAAUUGGAGUUGUUUCUAAAUGAAAUAAACAUCUCAAUUUUAGUGGUACAUAUAUCCAAAUAACUGCCUGUGCGAAUUCUGCGCAACAAAAGCAUUACCCAUAUCUUUUCUUUUUAUAAGACUGUGAGAGAGACGACAUUACGAUGCAUAUUGAUGUGAUGCUAGCCCGCCAGUACACUUAAUAACUAUUUCUAAUAAAAGGUAUGUGAACACAUAAUGUGUAGAUUGUACUAGUGUAUAGAUAAUCCAUGUCGCUAGAAACCCGUUAGGCUAACACGCCUUUAAACUGUUCACAGCGUAAUCGACCUACCGCCCAUUAACUUAGGUGUCAUUUUCGUAUGUCACUUAUAUAGAGUAAUUAAAGCUCUGCUCGCGAGCACUCUUUGGCUUGAAGCCUUUGAUAAAAAUGAUUGAUCGUUUACGGAUGGUUCGAAUUGUCUAGAACUCUAGAGUUAACAAAACAAUCCAUUCAAAUAUCAACCUUAUUGUCUAUGGAAAAAGAUUAAAUUGCAAAAACUAAUUGUAAAUUAUGUUCUUGUCAUUUUUUAUAUCUAUUGUAUAGAGGUAUAGUAUGAGACCUAUUUACGUUUAGGUUAGGAUCCACUGUUGUCGCUUAUGAAUACAUUAACCCCGUAGGUUAGUUUUAAGUAUUAAACGUAAAUCCACUCUCAAUUAAUGAAAUGGAAAUGACAGUAAAACAAUAAGAUCACUAAUCGGUAGCUGUAACUCGUAACUUUUAUAAGUCCUUUUGGAUGUCUAAAUCGGAUUAAAUCUAGUUCCUUUGUAUUAAAUAGCUUAUAUUUUGAUGUUUAAUAAUAAACUAUACACAAUA